AUGAAGUCAGCCAAGACCUAUGUAUCGCAGGGCAACCUUUUUUGGAUGAAUGUGAGGCAGAUGUGUUCGCCGACCGUUCCCAUCAAUUCUGCCUCAUUGAAGAAAAUCCAGAAGUCUUUUUUUGAGAAAGGGCCGGAGAAGUUGACCUUGGAAAUCGUGGUAGGCGUAACCUCAAUGGUCACCUCUGAGCGCUUUGAGAGCCUGAAAGGUGCCUUGCAACGGAUUUCGCCGGAGGAAAUCGACCACGCCUUGAUCAUGCACGUGGCUAAGAGGAUCGGAGACGGUGCCUCCCAGGAAGAGCUUCUGGCAUGGCGAACAGUGUUCCUCUCAGUGAGCCUCCGCUGUGAGAUGAUUGAGACCAAAGAAGAUGCCUUCUUCCGCUCUCUGACGUACCGACAGCGGUACAUGUCCACCUACGAGAGUGCGGCGAGAAGCACCUUGCAAACCAUCUUCGAGAUCGCAGCGGUCAAAGCAUCUUAUGAGGAGACGCAUACGGCCCAGCUGUCGAGAUCUGAUUUGGCUGAUCUGUGGGUCCGAAAGAGCUGUGACCUGCCUGAUGACGAAGACUGCCCAAAGACAGCUUUCGAGUUUGUCGACAGCGCCAUGAAGGUCUUUGAAAGAAUUCUUUCCGUGGACAAGCUCUUCGACGUGGUCUUUCGUUUGGAGCAGAAGUACGGAAAGCAAAGCUGCUUCCAGCACAUGGCCGUACUUGAAGGGAUUUGCAUCAAGACCAAGAAGUCCGAGGAUCUCCUGUGGAUCUUGGAAAGCAUGGAAGAUCUCUUGAUCCGUGGAGAAUCCAACAACAAAUGCUUCAGUAGCCGAACAUUGAAAGGCGGCCGCACUGGAGGAGGGACCAGAGGGCUCCUGGAUGAGUUCUUGGCCAAGAAGAGCAUUUUUGAGUACGUGUUGGAAGAGUCACAGAAAUGGGGAUUGAAGCCCGCACAUGCCAACGGCAUCAAGAAGGUGAUGAUCUCUCACAGUGAAGUGCGAAAAAG